UUUGAUGGUUAUCGGGCAGCAGGUGGCCACGGCGCCGGGAAUAUUAGACGGCCUUCGACAACAAGGGGCGAAGUCAGGACCAAUAGUCCGAGUUCGCGAGGGCUCUCUUCGUGGUCUUCGAGAUGUAUCAAAAUCUGGAAGAACAUAUCUGUCUUUUCUUGGUGUUCCAUACGCCAAGCCUCCCAUCGGCCACCUUCGAUUCAAAGGACCACUUCCUCCCGAUUCUUGGAGUGGUGUCCGAGACGCCACUAAAGAGGGGGCCAUGUGUCCUCAGGCUAUGUGGUCAAGACUGAUGCGGGUGCCAUUUGUGAACGAACAAGGCCGACUCCUUACUGAACUCGUGAAGGAACUGUUCAAUGCUUCUAAUGAUGAGGUCUUGGCUGCAGCCUCCAACGCAAACUUAAACCCGCACGGCAACUCAAUUUUUUAUACUGAUGACCAUCAGAUUAUCCUCUUGAAUGUGGUCAUUAUGUCAGCACCAAGCUUCAUUCAAGCUGUAUUUAUUGGCUGA